UGCUCAAAAGAAGGCCACUGAACAAAAAAUCAAAGUGCCAGAACAGAUAAAGCCCAGUGUAAGCCAGCCUCAGCCUGCCAACUCUAAUAACGGCACUUCCACAGCAACCAGCACUAAUAAUAAUGCCAAGCGAGCUACAGCCAACAUUCAGCAGCAGCAGCCGCCGCAGCAGCAGCCGCCGCCACAGCAGCAGCCACCGCCGUCACCGCAGCCGCCACAGCCGCAGCAGCAGCAGCAGCCGCCGCCGCAGGCUUUGCCUCGGUACCCUCGCGAAGUACCUCCACGAUUUCGCCACCAGGAACAUAAACAGCUCCUAAAGAGGGGUCAGCAUUUUCCCGUCAUAGCAGCAAAGCUGGGAUCUGCUGCUAAGGUGUUAAGCAGCCAGUCAGAAAGCAGUGCUGCAGCAGUCCAGCAGCCACAAAAUAACGGAGAGGUGCAGAGCAGCCCAGCCCAGUCAGAUACAAACCACAAUACUUCAGGAUCCCAUUAUGAGAAUUCCCAGCAGGGACCUGUGUCUUCGAGUGACUCUAGCACAAACUGUAAGAAUGCUGUUGUAAGUGACUUGUUGGAAAAAGAAGCAUGGCCCUCGGUCCCUGGCAGUGAUCCAGAGUCGGCUUCAGAAUGUACGGACACUGAUUCUGCCUCCAGUUCGGAAUCAGAGCGAAACCUCACUAUCAUGGCUUCAGGGAGCACAGGGGGUGAAAGCGACAGCCUUCGGAGCAGCACUGGACUCGGUUCCCAAAGCAAGUUUGUGGUUGGCAGCAGCAGCAAUAAUGUAGGCCGUGGAAGUAGUCCGGGGCCGUGGGGCUUCGCCCACGGAGCCAUAAUAAGCACAUGUCAGGUCUCUGUGGAUGCUCCUGAAAGCAAAUCAGACAGUAGCAACAAUAGAAUGAAUGCUUGGGGCACUGUAAGUUCUUCAUCAAAUGGAGGGUUAAAUCCAAGCACUUUGAAUUCAGCUAGCAACCAUGGUGCCUGGCCAGUAUUAGAGAACAAUGGACUUGCCCUAAAAGGGCCUGUAGGGAGUGGCAGUUCUGGCAUCAAUAUUCAGUGCAGUACCAUAGGCCAGAUGCCGAACAAUCAGAGUGUGAACUCUAAAGUGAGUAGUUCUUCUACCCAUGGUACCUGGGGAAGCCUUCAGGAAACUUGUGAAUCCGACGUAAGUGGUACACAGAAGGUUUCGUUCAGUGGUCAACCUCAGAAUAUUACCACUGAAAUGUCUGGACCAAAUAACACUACUAACUUCAUGACCUCUAGUUUACCAAACUCCGGUUCAGUACAGAACAGCGAGCUGCCUGGUAGUAGUACAGGGGCCUGGCGUGUGAGCACAAUGAGUCAUCCUCAGAUCCAGACCCCGUCGGGUAUGAACGGCACUUCCCUUUCUCAUCUUAGCAAUGGAGAGUCAAAAAGUGGAGGCUCUUACGGUACUACGUGGGGUGCCUAUGGUUCUAGUUACUCUGGAGACAAAUGUUCAGGCCCCAGUGGCCAAGCUAAUGGUGACACUGUGAACGCAACUCUAAUGCAGCCUGGAGUGAAUGGGCCUGUGGGCACUAACUUUCAAGUUAACACGAAUAAAGGAGGAGGUGUAUGGGAGUCUGGGGCAGUGAGUUCCCAGAGUCCAUCGUGGGGAAGUGGAAACGGCGCCAAUUCUGGAGGAAGUCGGAGAGCAUGGGGAACCCCUGCACAAAACACUGGCACGAACGUACCCAGCGUCGAAUGGAACAAACUGCCUAGCAACCAGCAUUCCAAUGACAGUGCAAAUGGCAAUGGGAAGAAGUUUACAAAUGGAUGGAAAUCUACUGAGGACGAGGAUCAGGGUUCUGCCACCUCGCAGACAAACGAGCAGAACAGUGUCUGGGCCAAAACAGGAGGCACCGUGGAGAGUGACUGUAGUUCGGAAAGCACUGGACGCCUUGAAGAAAAAGGAACUGGGGAAAGUCAGAGUCGAGAUAGAAGAAAAAUUGAUCAGCACACAUUACUCCAAAGCAUUGUAAACAGAACGGACUUAGAUCCGCGUGUCCUGUCCAACUCUGGUUGGGGACAGACUCCUAUUAAGCAGAAUACUGCCUGGGAUACCGAGACGUCACCCAGAGGGGAAAGAAAGACUGACAACGGGACGGAGGCCUGGGGAAGCUCUGCAACACAGACUUUUAACUCAGGGGCAUGUGUAGAUAAGACUGGCCCUAACCCUAAUGAUACCUCAUCUGUAUCAGGGUGGGGCGAUCCCAAACCUGCUCCGAGGUGGGGCGAUUCCAAAGGCUCAAACUGCCAGGGGGGGUGGGAGGAGGAUUCUGCUGCUACAGGAGUGGUCAGGAGCAAUCAGUGGGGGACUUACAAAGAGGAGAAGUCCACGUGGAAUGAUUCGCAAAAGAACAGACAGGGGUGGGGCGAUGGGCAGAAAGCCAGCCAGGGUUGGGCCGUUCCUGCCGGUGACAGCUGGGGAGAAGUGUCGAGGAGUAACCACUGGGGUGAGACAAGUAAGAAGUCCAGCUCAGGAGGUAGUGACAGCGACAGGUCUGUUUCUGGUUGGAACGAGCUUGGUAAAACUAGUUCGUUUACUUGGGGAAAUAACAUAAAUCCAAAUAAUUCAUCGGGAUGGGAUGAAUCUUCUAAGCCUAAUCCUUCCCAGGGAUGGGGGGACCCUCCAAAGUCUAAUCAAUCUCUAGGUUGGGGAGAUUCGUCGAAGCCAGUCAGCUCUCCAGACUGGAACAAGCAGCAGGACCUUGUUGGGUCUUGGGGAAUCCCACCGGCUACAGGCAAACCUCCCGGUACAGGCUGGCUGGGGGGACCUAUCCCAGCCCCAACAAAAGAAGAAGAGCCCACAGGCUGGGAGGAGCCAUCCCCAGAAUCUAUACGACGCAAGAUGGAGAUUGAUGAUGGAACUUCAGCUUGGGGAGAUCCGAGCAAAUACAACUACAAAAAUGUGAACAUGUGGAACAAAAAUGUCCCAAGUGGCAGUGGCCGCUCAGACCAGCAAGCACAGGUACAUCAGCUGCUGCCACCUGCAAGUGUCAUGUCAAACAAAGAGGCAAGCAGUGGCUCGGGCUGGGGGGAGCCCUGGGGGGAGCCUUCCACUCCAGCCACAACUGUGGACAAUGGCACUUCGGCGUGGGGCAAACCCACAGACAGUGGUCCCAGCUGGGGGGAACCCAUGGCUGCGGCUGCGGCGUCCGGCACAUCCACGUGGGGCUCCAGCUCUGUUGGUCCACAAGUGUUAGGCAAAUCUGGGCCCAAAUCUAUGCAAGAUGGCUGGUGUGGCGAUGAUAUGCCUGUGCCUGGGAACCGCCCCACUGGCUGGGAAGAGGAAGAGGACGUGGAGAUCGGGAUGUGGAACAGUAACUCCUCUCAAGAGCUUAACUCAUCUUUAAAUUGGCCACCAUACACCAAGAAAAUGUCAUCGAAGGGUCUGAGUGGCAAAAAAAGGAGAAGGGAAAGGGGAAUGAUGAAAGGUGGAAACAAGCAAGAAGAAGCGUGGAUAAAUCCAUUUGUUAAACAGUUUGCAAAUAUCAGUUUUUCGAGAGACUCACCAGAAGAAAACGUACAGAGCAAUAAGAUGGACCUUUCUGGAGGAAUGUUGCAAGACAAACGGAUGGAGAUCGAUAAACACAGCCUAAAUAUUGGCGAUUACAAUCGAACGGUCGGGAAAGGCCCAGGUUCUCGGCCUCAGAUUUCCAAAGAGUCUUCCAUGGAACGCAGUCCUUAUUUUGAUAAGAAUGGCAAUCCCAGUGUGUUUGGUGUUGGAAACACAGCAGCACAACCCCGGGGCGUGCAGCAGCCUCCCGCACAACCUCUCAGCUCAUCUCAGCCUAAUCUCCGCGCUCAAGUGCCUCCUCCAUUACUCUCCCCUCAGGUAGCCGUGCUGAACCAGCUAUCCCAACUAAACCAGCUUUCUCAGAUCUCCCAGUUACAGCGAUUGUUAGUGCAGCAGCAGAGGGCGCAGAGCCAGAGAAGCGCGCCUUCUGGGAGCCGACAGCAGCAGCAGGACCAGCAGGGUCGACCUCUUGGUGUGCAGCAGCAGAUGAUGCAACAGCCUCGCCAGCUAGACCCAAGCCUGCUGGUGAAGCAGCCGUCGCCCCAUCAGCCAGCUGCGAGGUCUUUCCUGGACACCGGCACGCCUCAUGCUGCCCCGGAGCUGCAGAAAGGGCCGUCGCCAGUGAGCGCGUUCAGCAGCUUUCCUAUAGGCUUGAACUCAAACUUGAAUGUAAAUAUGGAUAUGAACAGUAUUAAAGAGCCACAGUCAAGACUACGGAAGUGGACUACAGUGGACAGCAUUUCUGUGAACACAUCUGUGGAUCAAAACUCCAGCAAACAUGGUGCUAUUUCAAGUGGUUUCAGGCUGGAAGAAUCUCCAUUUGUUCCCUAUGACUUUGUGAACAGCAGUACUUCACCAGCCAGUCCUCCGGGCUCAAUAGGAGACGGCUGGCCACGUGCCAAAUCGCCGAGCGGCUCUAGCAGUGUUAAUUGGCCACCAGAAUUUCGCCCUGGUGAACCAUGGAAAGGUUAUCCAAACAUUGACCCUGAAACUGACCCUUACGUCACUCCUGGCAGUGUCAUAAACAAUCUUUCAAUUAAUACUGUGCGGGAAGUUGACCACCUCAGGGACAGGAACAGUGGGUCCUCCUCAUCCUUGAACACCACGCUGCCUUCAACUAGUGCCUGGUCAUCCAUUCGUGCCUCCAACUACAGCGUUCCCCUCAGCAGUACAGCACAAAGCACUUCAGCCAGAAAUAGUGAUUCCAAAUUGACGUGGUCUCCUGGUCCAGUUACGAACACCUCUCUGGCACAUGAGCUGUGGAAGGUCCCUCUGCCACCUAAAAACAUCACUGCUCCGUCCCGCCCACCUCCGGGACUGACUGGUCAGAAGCCGCCUUUGUCUACGUGGGAUAAUUCUCCCCUUCGUGUAGGUGGAGGAUGGGGAAAUUCUGACGCCAGAUACACCCCAGGUUCCAGCUGGGGUGAGAGCAGCUCAGGGAGAAUAACAAACUGUCUUGUUCUGAAAAACCUCACACCUCAGAUCGACGGCUCCACUCUGCGCACGCUGUGCAUGCAGCACGGCCCACUGAUGACAUUCCACCUGAACCUCCCCCACGGGAAUGCUCUGGUCCGGUACAGUUCGAAGGAAGAGGUCGUGAAGGCACAGAAGUCUCUGCACAUGUGUGUACUGGGGAACACUACUAUUCUCGCCGAGUUUGCCAGUGAAGAGGAGAUCAGUCGCUUCUUUGCACAAAGUCAGUCCCUGGCCCCUUCUCCUGGCUGGCAGGCGCUCGGGUCCAGCCAGGGCCGGCUGGGCUCCCUCGACGGCUCCCAUUCGUUCUCCAGCCGGACCGAUCUCAAUCACUGGAGUGGUGCUGGGCUGUCGGGGGCCAGCUGUGGAGACCUUCACGGCACUUCCCUCUGGGGGACCCCGCAUUACUCCACAAGCCUGUGGGGGCCUCCGAGCAGCAGCGACCCCCGGGGAAUGAGCAGCCCCUCCCCCAUUAAUGCUUUUCUUUCUGUUGACCACCUGGGUGGGGGCGGAGAGUCCAUGUGACGCGUCGGUGUGGACUCGCACUGUGACCUCAAGACAAGGAAGGAGCAGGAGCAGUCAGCUGGGCCGCGCCUGCAGCCGGGGCGCCUGUGGGAACAGCUCUUCUCUGCACAUUUUCCACUUUGUUUUCCCCAAAACAUAUCAGUUUGAAUACUUGAAUCAUGCAGGCCAAUAUUAUAAUGUGAAAGGUAUCUAUUUACACUCCCCAGUGGCGCCAUACAUGCUACCCCGUAGUGAGCUCACGUGUGCACAUCCAUCAUGUGUAGCCUUUGAUCCACCCCCAGCCCCAGAACCGUUUGGGGCCGAUCGUGUCUGAGCUUUUACCUUUGCACUGAUAAGUUCUCUCCGUCCAGUCGCAGCAUGGGGGCAGCUGUCCAGUGUGAAUGUUUACUCAAGGACGUCCUUCAGAGGUGUGCGCUCUCUACUAUGCCUUGUCGUUGCGACCUUCAUGUGGUACCGCGGAGUAAGAUCAAGGAUGAUACUGACGUAGGAUUAGUAAUGGAAGUAUUGCACCAGUUUUUUUCAUGUUGUAAAACUAAAGAAUUUCGCUCUGCAGUUUGAAAAACUGUGGCCACAGCUGUGACUUGCAGCCUCCCUGCCACCCAGGGUGGCCCUGCACUUUGAAUAGGCUUUCCAUUUUGUUUUGAAGGUUCUGUCGAGCCUUCUUGUUUACAGAUUUUUUUGUUUGUUUUUUGAGAAAAAAAUGUUUACUCUUCCAUCAUUUAAAAAAAAAAUUAAAAGACAAAAAAAAAUGGAGGAUGAUUUAAAAGAUGCUUUCUAUCUCUGGGAAAAAAGGAGCAGCAUUUGGCCAUGUUCUUUUGUUUUUCUAUUCCUGUCCUAAAUCAAAGAGCAUGGUUCUCAGGAAAACCAGUUCCCCAGUUUAAAAAAAAAAAAAAAAAAAAAAAAGGAAAAAAAAAAAACCUUGUAGUUUCUUAUAGGAAAAGAAGAAAACCCCCAACUUUUAGCACUGAUACUACGUACUACGUAUUGCUCUGUUAAAUGAUUUUCUCUGCCACAAAAAGAAAAAAUACAGAAAAAAAA